AUGCCUACAAAUGCCAAUCUCCUGCCAGCCUCCAAGCCCGCCGACGACGACGGCCUUCUCUGCGAUCUAAUCCGCCUGACCCCCGUUCCGACCGUGCUGCUGGAUGCAUCGCUCUUGGUCCGCCAGGUUUCAGAUAGCUAUCUGUUGAUUUCAGGGGCAAGCGACCGCAACGCCCUGGUUGGGAUGCAAGCGGACGACCUCUUCAACUACACUACUACUACUACCACGCUCCCCGCCUUCGCUUCAGCCCGCAAGGUCAUUCGCGCUGCACGGGACACACGCUCCGUGCACCAGAUGAAGUGUGUGCUCGACACAGGAGCUGCCUGGAAUUUACGUGCCGUCCCCAUUGUCCGUCAUGACCAUCUGCGCUGCAUUCAAAUGGAGUUUCUCGACAUCACUGACGACCACCGCAAGCAACUGGAGCUUGAGGAGAGGGUCUACGCAAACGAGACUUUUCGCAUCCUCGUCGAAACCGUAAAAGACUAUGCCAUCUUCAUGUUGGAUCCCACGGGACACGUAGCUACCUGGAAUGCUGGAGCCCAGGCUUUCAAAGGCUACACCAAAGCCGACAUCAUUGGCAAGCACUUCUCUGCUUUUUACGGCAAAGAAGAUCUUGCAGAUGGCAAACCGGAGAGGGAGCUUCGAGAUGCACUCCGCGAUGGCCGCUGCGAAGAUGAGGGUUGGCGAUAUCGCUCAGAUGGCUCAAGAUUUUGGGCAAAUGUCGUCAUUACCCCCGUCUACAAGGCCGACGUGCUUCUCGGAUUCUCCAAAGUCACAAGAGAUCUUACUGAAAGUCGGCUAGCAGAGCAGAAGCUGAUAGCUGCCUACGAGGAGGCAUCCAAACUAAAGUCAGAGUUCCUGGCCAACAUGUCUCACGAGAUUCGAACUCCCAUGCAUGGCAUGUUGUCGGCAUUGACUCUCCUCCUAGACACACAGCUCGAUACGAACCAGCUCGAGCUUGCCCACGUCAUCCAGGAGUCCGGAGACGUGCUGCUUCAAGUCAUCAACGACAUCCUGGACUACAGUAAGCUCAAGUCGGGCAGCUUUUCCGUCAGCCAAGAUAUUAUUAGCGUAACCGACAUCAUACAAUCUGUCUUCCGGGCACACCAGGCGUGUCACAAGCCCGGCGUCAAAUUAGAAAGCGUGCUCGAUCCACAUCUUCCCAAGUCGGCCGAGGGAGACAGUCUUAGAUAUCGUCAGAUCAUACAGAAUCUCCUAUCAAACGCCACCAAGUUCACCGAGGAAGGCUAUGUACGCAUAGUCGCCAAACUCAUCAAGGAAGAUGAUGAGUUUUACACCAUUCUUACCGAGGUCAUAGACACUGGCAUUGGAGUCCCCACAGGCGGCCCAGGUACUCUCUUUACACCAUUUACCCAAUUCGAUAAUUCCGCCACCAAAAGAUACAAAGGUACUGGUUUAGGCCUGAGUAUAUGCAAGAGCCUGGCGGAGCUUAUGGGGGGCAAAAUUGGCUUCCACCCCAAUCCCGAGGGCCACGGCAGCGUGUUUUGGUUCACAGCGAAGCUCAAAAGGUGCAAGCAAAUGAGUCUCGUGGAAGCGUUGCAAGAUAAGACACUAAGCACGUCAGCCCGCUCGACAGCUCUCGUCAAUCCCAUGGAAGAGAUGAAAGUGGUCGCUGCCGACAAACGAAUCCUACUUGCAGAAGACAAUUUAAUGAACCAAAAGGUUAUGCUGAAGAUGUUAAUAGGCCUCGGUUUCCAAGGCGUCGACGUUGCGCAAGACGGCAAGGAAGCAGUAACCAAAGCGUUACAUGACCCCACGUCCUACGAUCUCAUCUUAAUGGAUGUCAACAUGCCUGUUCAAGACGGCGUCAGUGCGACUAAAGAGCUUAGAGACAAAGGGCUACAGAUCCCCAUCGUCGCCAUGACUGCAAACGCGCUCAAAGGCCAGGCAGAGUCGUACAUAGCCAAAGGCAUGACGGGCUACAUUGCAAAGCCAGUUGAUCGCAGCCUUCUUAUCAAGCUACUAAUGAAUUCCCUCAAGCGGAAGGGCCCUGGAUGA